CUAUGAAGGUGCGGGAUGUGGACGGCAUCUGGAACUGUGCUUGGCGGGUUCCCAUUAAACAAUGGGAAGACCCCCAAGGCUUCCAGGGCCUGAAGCAUCUCCCCUCAAUGAUAGUCCUGGGGGAGAACAGAGGCUACAUUCACUAUCAAGGCCAACCCAAACUGUGCCGGAAGUGCGGCGAGCAUGGUCAUCUGGCCGAAACUUGUGAGAAAGUUUUCUGUGGUAAAUGUCGAGAAGUGGGACACACUUUUGAUGAAUGUACGAACGGGCGGAAAUGUAAUUUGUGUGGUGGACAGGAUCAUUUGUUCAGAGACUGUCCAAAGUCGUUCGCAAAUAAAUUGAAAAAAGGAAAAGAGACGCCAAUGGAAACGGCUAAUGAGCAAGUGGACGCAGCUGGGUCGGAAAUUUCAAAUCUCCCGCCAGGUCCUCUGAUUGGAGGAGAGGAGGAGAGGGCGGGAAGCGGGGAGGGGAAGGAAGCCCCCCCCAGACCGAAACAUCCAGUGAGGGCGGGGAGAUGCUAACCGAAGGCGGAGCUAGCUCGGACUCUGAGGAAGAACAGACUGACAGCAGCGAUGAUGCCCCCCUCCCCGACGCCCAGCUGGCCAAGAGGCCGGCAUCUGAGUCACCUCCCGACCUUACCCCCAAGGUAGGGAAGAGAGGAAGGCUGGAGGAACUCUUCGGUUCUUUCGGAGAGGAAUCCAGAGCCUUCCUCGCUGGCUCAUCCAAUGAGGUCUCGUUCCUAGACUUUGCUCACCAAUCAACCCCGGAGGACCCAAACAAGGACCGGGAACCAGUGACUCCAGUGCGCGGCCUCCUGUAUGGAGACGCCUCCACCGUUUGGCGCAACGUGAGCCGUCCCGUCCUUCCAAACAGACUCCAGGACCUGUCAUGGAUGGUGGCUCGUGGGAUCCUGCCGGUCAGAGCCGUUAUGCACUCCCGAGGCAUGUCUGCAACGUCCAUCUGCCCCCGACCCGGUUGUGGCGCGCCGGAGUCGGUGAGGCCCCUGCUGUGGGAGUGCAGCGCUGCUGUGGACCUGUGGGCGAAGGCCGGCUCCUUGCAAUUCCCACACUUGCCAGCAAGGGAGGUCCUUCAUGUACAGCUAGUGCUGUAUGGGGUGAGCCAGCUGAAAAUGACUAAAAAAGACUUCGCUGAGAGGUGGCUCACCCCAGCCACCAUCAAAGACGCCAUUUGGACCUCCAGAAACUUGCUGGUGAGCAGGCGCAGGCAGAUGCCCCCCGUGGCUGUGAUCCGGAUGGCAGCAGCAAAAAGAGGAACACCAAGGGCUGCAGGUGGCGCGCCAAGGACACAGCCACAAAGAAGAAUCGCCUGCGCCUCCGUGGACGAAGGAGCCGGCGCUCCACGAACAGAGGUCCAAGCAGCGGCGGCCUGGCUCUCCGGGUGAGGCAGGAGGGAAGGAGCUUCAGGGCGGGAUCCCCUCUGAGCACCAGCGCUGUUUGGAAGGACGGGGCGGCUCCGGACUUGGGAGGGAGUCACCCCGGUCCUGCUCAACUUUUAACACACAGAGAUUUUGUGUUUUAUACUCUUGUUCUUAGCUUCUUUUAGUUUGAACUGAUGAUUUUGUAAGUUUUUAAAAGUUUCUGAAUAACUGCAACAAUGUAAUG